GAGGACCAUAAAAAAUAAUAUUGUCCUAUAAUUAUCUACCUUGGUCCGAUUACAUGAAACGAAAAAUUCUAAAAAUAUAGUUUAUGGAGUUUAAAUUCAAAUACAAAAUACGGUGAGGAGCAACAAACCAAAUAUUACUAAAUUUUGCAUUACAAAUUUUGUACCAAACAAUUGGACCACUUCAUAUGGAGUGGUGUCUUUAAUACUUUUUAUAGACAAGAGCAUAUUAAUGAGUGUCUGGUCUUUUUUAGAAUAAUUUUUUCAAAUUAAAGAAUGUUGUCAUGAAUCACACAGUAAAACAUUGUAUAUUGACUGUGUAUUAUUAAAAGUAAACAGAGAAAAUCAAAUAUUGUAUAUUGACUGAAUUAUUGAAAUUAAUCGUAUUCCAUAUGAGGAAAAAGCUUUCUCUUGUGCAUUUACUACUUGAGAAGAGAAAAAAAAAGAAGCAAAUACUCAGAAUUUUCAUUUUUUUUUUGUAAUCUCUUCUCUUUUUGUAUUUUCUUCUAUUCUCUUAAAGUUUGACAACAAAAGAGAAGAUGGAAAAGGGCUUCGUCAAGAUUUUCUCUCCUGAAAACAGUGGAAAGAGGCUCAAAAUUCCCACAUCUUUUACAUAUUACAAGAAUAGAAAAUUACCAAAGAAAAUUAACCUUAGGGAUCGAUUUGGCAAUAUGUGGCCUGUAGGAGUGAACAAAAUCGGAGGAAAUUUGUAUUUUCAAUAUGGAUGGGAGAAAUUUAUUGAGGAUAAUAGUGUGGAGGUUGGAGAUUUUCUUGUUUUUGACUAUGAUGGAAAUAAAAUGUUUGACUUUAAAUUACUUGGAAGAACUAAAUGUGAAAAGAACGGAGUUGGAGGUUUAAAAGCGGAAGAAAUGAUUGUUGAACAUCAAAAGAGUAGAGAGUCAAAAGAGAAGAAUUGGGCUAGUGAUAGCUGUAAUAGUUUUUCUUCCUAUGAUGACGAUGUGGAGUACAUGGGAGAUGAGGACGAGGACGAGGAUGAGGAUGAGGACGAGGAAUAUAAAGAGACUAAAAAGGUACCAUGUCACGUGGAAGAGGAAGAAGAAGAACAAGAAGACGAUGAAGAUGAAGAAGAAGAAGAUGAGGCGCUACGAUCAAAAGCCUUUGCUUGCAAGGUGAGGAAUCGUCAUGACCAUUUUGGUGUAGAUAUAUUCAAAAGUGGACGUGCAACUCAGCCGAAAAAUCCUUAUUUUGUAGCGAAAAUACGAUCAAAGAGGAGAGAUCAACUGUACGUUCCGGUUGAUGUGGUAAAGGACUACAAACUUGAACUGCCUUCAAGUAUGACCAUUCGCGACUCUAUUGGCAGAGAAUUUGUGACGAAACUCAAGAAGUGGAAGGACGGUAGAAUAUGGCUUGUUGGUGGAUGGCGCAGUUUAUGUAGAUGGAACCUUGUGGAGAAAAAUGACCAUUGUAUUUGUGAAUUUGUAAGAGGAAAGCGCAACAAAGACCUUCACUUACGGGUUCAAGUUCUCCAUGAAGGAGAAAGUUCUGUUACAUGAUAGACUAGAGUUGUGUCACUCUUUCUUAAGCUACUUUGAAUUGUGUACUUCUUUUUCUUCAAAUCCUAGAUUGGAGUUUCUGUUGCAUCUUUCUAAGUAAUAUAACUGUGGAUGAACUCCUACAUAUUGUCAAACAGGCUUAUUCUCCUCACUGAUGUUUAAUUCAUUUGGCUUCAUGACUGGUUUGUAAGACUUUAUGCAAAAAAUUGGUACUUUUUACUUGUCAAA